GACCUUUUCUUCCUUUCUUCAUCUCUCCUCCUCAUUCUCCUUCCGAAGGUGAACAAAGUUUUUCGCUCUUUUCCUUAAGCGACGCAUCGAUGGAGAAUGAGUAUGGUGUGAAUAUUGUUUCUCUCGAGAUGGAUCGCGAUGCGGAGGCGUCGGGUGAAUCUGAGAGCGAGUCGACUCUCUCUAACUCGCCCGAGUCCGGUCUUACGGUCGAGAGCUCUCGUGGUGACGACGCUGACGCGAAGAAGAUGGAGGAGUGUGGUGGAUGGACGAAUGAGAGACACAACUCGUAUCUUGAAUAUUUAGAGAACUCAUUCGUUAAGCAGUUGUAUUCCUUACUUGGAGGAGAGGAGAGGAGGAGACUCUCCACAGCUCGUGAUCUGCAGUCUAACUCUCACAUAUCGACUGAUGAUCAGUUUACGGUACUACAAAAUGGUUGCCGCCAGAAGGUUAACUUCGGAAAGAAACGACCUCAUUUAGAGACUUCGUCAUCGAGACAGACUCCUUUGGGACAUGAGUAUCCUGCUCAAAGCACUGCAGAGGCAUCAGGGCAGAAUUUCAGAGAAGAAGUAGGAGAGAAAGAAUGUAACUCAAGGGCGUCCAGGAAACGCAGAAGAGAAGCUAACUAUGAUGAUAGUUCACUGAAUGAUCAGGUUGUGCCGUAAGGAUGGUGAAGCAGCGCAUAGGAAGUGAAGUGUAGAUGACUUACUAUAAACAGAGAAAAGUAGCAACUGUGAGAGUGGUAAAUCAAAAUGUGGAGGGCUUUUGUUUGUUGUAUAGAAUUGAGGCCAAAGAGAGCCUUAUUAAGGAAUCGAAUGGGAUGAAUUUAGGAGGGUUGUUUGUUAGAUUUUGUCUUUGUUAUAUUAUUAGCAUGAUCGUCAUCUUUCAAUCUUUAAUUCUUUUUGUUUGUUUUCCCUUUUAUAUAUAUACCUUCUUUUUGUCUUCAUUUUUAGAACAGUAUCUAUUGUGAAUCUUUACAAAUGUAUGUAACUUUUAUAAUCUUAUCAA